AUGCAAGAUCUUGCCACGCUGGACUCUCGCAUUGACGAUAGAGCUGUCGCAAAUGGCGAAUCUGGUAUAGCUUUGCUUGGGCUCGUCUUUGGUGCAGCCUAUGCACUUUUCCGCGCAUUUCAGAGGGUUGUACGCGCCCUACACUCAAGACGUGAUCAAGUUGGAACUAUCCCCAAAGACUCUGCGCGCAGACUCGACGCCAUCAAAGCCGAAGGGGUCUUGCAUGGUCAGAAGACUCCACUCAUAGAGCCGAAGUCUUUCGGCGUUUAUCUGGGAAGCAUAGCUGUCCCGCCAACUCAAUGUCAAACUCGGCUUCUGUCGCAGUGGGACUUGGUCGUCCUCGACCCGCAGCAACCAGGAGCAUCAAAUGCGGCGGCUUCCACUUGCACCUCUGAGCAGGUUCUUGCCCGUCUGGAUGUCGAGCAGCUUUCAACCCUGCGCGGGAGCAAUGACGAACCCAUCGGAUGUAGAGGUGUGGCCGGGCUAGCGCAGGUUUUGGCAGCGCAUUGUAGAGCUACACCGCACACUCAUUCGCCUUACACUGGGGUGUUGCUGGCGAAUUGGCAAUCAAUUUGGCAACCACACGUCUUCAACGAGGUCCUUGAAUGCUUGAUUGCACUAAACUUGGACGUCUACCUGGAGAUAGCCCCGCCGACAUACCUCUCAUCUGAUGCAUGCACGAGGAUCGACCUGUCACUUAUUCGAGGCGUCAUCUGUCGCAACGGGACCUUAUCACACGAUGGCAAGUCUUGCGAAUACUACCAGAUGGAUUCUAUGCGCAUUGUUCAGAGGGCUCUAGCUAAGCAUGCCUCGAUGGGCGGGCAUUCCUUCCUCAUGUGGGAGACGGUAGACGAUGGAGCAGAGCUGGCUUACGACGUCGUGAAACGAAGUUUCAACUGGUGCCGCUUCAACACUACGAUCAGCUGGAUAGGCACCGAGACUGCACUCCGCGAUGCAGAAAUUGCUGCAACCAUGACGAUAUCCAGUGAGCCGCUUGGUGCCUUGAUGUGGCUCAAAGGCAGUGAGGUCCUGUCAACACACCAAGUCUGGCGGGAGAACGACAGGGUGAAUAUUUUCAAGGUGGCGGUCUCGAAUACUACUAACGAACACGUCCAGAUCCGGAUCCUUCCCAGUAGCGAUGCUCUCGCGUACGACAAGCUCGAGUCCUUCGUACCUGGCCUUGCAUCUAAACUGGCGCUCUCAUCUCCAUUCAUGUCAGAGGAAGUCAAGAGGCUUUCGUCGUCAGCAUCAUGGGAGCUCACAGCACCUAUGAUCUCACGCGAUAUACAGCUAGAUCCUUUUACGUAUAGUAGAAGCGGUCGCGAGUACCCAGCCCUCGGUCGAUUCCCAAUUGGACAAGAUGCCGAUCCGCAGGAGUUUCUGGAGCUCGUCGAGGGGCAGCGUCGCUUGAAGGACCUUGGAUUUCUCGAACGCAUCACAGUAGACGAGCUUGGUGAGAUGGAGGCCAAGUUGAAAUCUUUCGUGGAGAAGUACGAAGCUCAAAGGAUCAGCCCUGCGACGAUUGUCCAGAUGAGAGAGCUGCUGGAUCUCGUGGCCGCAAGUGACUCCUCGAAGAACGACUCGUUACAAAUCUACACUGGUUUGCAUGCUGGAUUCCGAAAGGGCGAAGCGGUCCAAUUCUGGGGCCUUUACUCUUUCGAGUCAUUUGGAUGUACCAACAUCUAUCUCUCACGAAGUUGCGUGGAUCGCCUGGGGAUACUGCUACACACAUUUCUGUCAAGCAAACAGGUCGAUCGGGCCAACUGUUUCUUGGCGGAGAAUCUGCUCGCCGACCACUGCAGUACCUUCUCUGAGAAGUGGCAGCUGCCAAAGCAAAUCACACAUGAUGUUGAGCAGCUUACGUCGACGGAAGCGACCAUACUUCUGCGGCGCCUAGCCUUGAGUGAAGACUCCGAUUGUCCGCAACUGGCCAAACGGGUACAAUCGUGCUGCGAGUAUCAGCUGAUCGAGGUUCCCUCUCUUACUGCGCUGCGAGAUUUAAACACGAGUGCUUACUUAAGUGGCGAGGUCUCGAUCGAGCAGCUUGUCGACUCCAGACUCACUUGGUACCGUGAACAGGGCUGCCAUCAGCCCGAGCGGGACGCAGCCAUCGCGCUGUUCAAGGAGAUCCAGGCCAGGAUACCCGGGAUGCUUCUUACCCAGGACAGCGAGUUACUGUCACACGUAGAAGCAUGUCUUGACACGGUGCUCCAGAAAGGUGAGAUCGACGCCGCCGCCGACUUCUUCGCGCUGUCGGUCUUCUGCGCAUUCCGGAGGCUAGCCGUCGACGAGAUUUUCCAAGAGGUACGAGACCGUAAUCCUCUGCCAAAUCGCUUCGCAGAUCAAGCAGCCUGCUUCGCCGAGAUGUUCGCCACAGGGUCGCAAUGUGAAGCUUAUCUCGACAUGAAGUCCAUCGCCCUUGGAAGGAUCCUCGCGCAGAAGUAUCACAAUUACUAUCUCAAGCAUCAACCACCACAACGGGACGACAAGACUACAGAACUCCCCACCGCGUAUGCCUCCAAGCUGGUUGAUGAGGAUCCGAGUUCUGGUCGGGUAAGCCCACCACUGCUCUACACAAUUUCCUUUCUGGGGAUAUUCGCAGUGCCAGCUCUAAUUGAUAUCCUCCUGCUCACGACUAUAGGAAGAGGUCUCUACAUCAGUACCUACAUGUCUGACUUGGAGAAGACUUCUGCCACCAUCGGUCUGUUCAUCGGGCUGUUGACGUGCGGCGCCAUCGGUACAUGGAUAGGUAGCGGAGGUAGCUACUACUUCUUUGCGAUGGCAUUCCCAGCGAUGAACAUGUUUGUUCUCACGCGCCUAACUGCUGGAAUUGCUAUUUGCCUCGGACUGGGCAUAGUGGUGUUGGUGGUUGUCGGCAUUGCUGGUUCCUUCUAUGCCGGCUGGAUCUUCUUCUUCUACUUUGCUCUCUUGUCGACAUACUUGACUUUGCUGGCAACCUUGUCGAUCUACCAAGUGCCAGGUUUCGCCUUUCUGUCAGGACGAACGACCGUCGUCGCAUGCAUACCGAUACUGUUCAUCUCGCCUCUGUUGACGCUGUGGAUCGGCCACGACAUUAUAGUCUAUCCCUGUGUUCUGACGGCUUUCCUGGUUUCGCUGGUCUUCGGAGCCCGCAGAGUACUAUCAAAUUGGAGUAAUUGGUAUCUGAGGGUUCCAAUAGUCUCUGAUACUGAUGUUGUCAACUGGUACACUAUGAGCAUGAAGGAAUCUGGGACUCCCCUACCCGAGGGUCUAAACGAUCUCUCCGCCACGCCACUUCCUCGCACGGCACUAACGGCUGCAAUACACAAGGAGCGUCAGCGCUGGCUUUGGUCGAAACCUACCACAGAUGAGCUGGUGCUUAAACUUGCACGUGGAUACGACGGUACCAUGUUUAUCAUGGACUGGUACUGCAAGUACUCGAGGACAAAAAUGCCCUUUCCCUUCAGCCCAACGUGGAAUUGUCAGUGUAAGGCCGCCGUCGAUACGCUCAAGGAUAUGCAGAAAGGACUCAAGCUGCACAACGCCUUCGUACACUGGCGCUUCGGAGGCAAUGAAGUCUGGUGUGGAGUUCUCUACUUCAUCAUUGCGCUUAUGGACAAGUGGGUGGCUCUACUGACUGGUGGCUCUAUCGUCGGGCUUUCAGCGGCCAACAGCAGCAUGUUCCGCCUUGCCGUCGGGUUUGGCUUGACUUACUACCUCUUGGCAGCAGUCUGCCUAGACAGCGUGGCGCAGCCGCUGUGGGCAAUCGCCAACAAGAAGACCGAUCAACCAAUUGACUCCUUGCGCUUCUUGGAAGACGCUGCUCGACAUGAUGCUCGGGCCAGGCGGAAGCUCUAUUGGGGCAACCUCGCGAAGUUCUUCUUCACGCAUGUUUGGGGUAUCUGUAUCACUUGUGUCCUGAUGUGGACCUUUGAGGGAUCAAAAGAUGCAACAAUCAUGUACUUGGCCUAUCUCGGCGCCUAUACCGGCCUUCUUUGGUACCAGUACAACAGGAUAUAUACUGGAUCCUUAGCGAUGGUCGAUCUACUGAUAGCGGCUUCCCUCGGACUGCUGCUAGGGCCGUUACUACGCACUUAUCAUCCUUACUUCCAAUGGAGCAGUGUCAUAGCUCUGACGGUCUCCACGUGGACGGCAGCAGCAUUAUCGAUCCGAACCGCUGAUAUCGGAUGGCCAAGGCCGAGUACGAAGUUCAAACAUGCAAGCACCGAAGUAAAGCCAGCAAUCUACUCCUGCGCUUCGAUAAGCUCAUGCCCAUCUCAUACGGUCUUGUCUGGUACAUUCGAAGCGUGCUGUAGCGUACCAUUCGAAGAACAGUACAGGAUCGAGCCUACCACGUACCCGGGCACUGGAGUCAUGAACAUCCUCACUUCUAAGGAUAUCUCCACAAAGUUCGAGCCUCUUUGUGCUCAGUCAGUGGCAAGCGAAAAUCUUCUGGCUCACGUAGCUACACUCUGGGCACAAGGUAACAUAAUUGUCGAUAUCGUCUCACCUCACGAGGUCCUCAAGGAGGGCCAGGAGAUGAGGUCUAUCAGUCGCACGCUCGGCGACAAGCUGCACGUCUUCGUGUUCGUCUCAUCACCUACCCAAGGGCAGGCUGACGUCCACGGCAGCUGCAUCAUGAUCGUAGAAGCUAUGUGUCGAGCCACGACCCGAGCAGCGCUCCGAUGGACUGACGAGCAGUCGCUCUUAGCCGAGUGCAUCGCCCUUGACGGACAGGCCAAUCUCAGCGUACCCUAUGGCGUGAAGCGGCAGCUCGAGAGAUCAAGGUCAGCUCGAAAGAAGGCCAUUGAGAACAAGGAUGAGGACGAACUUCGUUACCUCCUACUGGGCAUCGACUGUGACACGGAGUGGGACGGUCUCCCGCAAGACAUCAGGAAGUCACUUCUCAAGCGAUGUCGAGGGCAGGUUUGCGCCAUUGAUGAGGAGUCUACAAGCUUCAUCCAGGAGAACUUCUGUGGCAACUCCGGGCUGUCCGGUGCAGAGCACAUUGCACUGUGCAAUCUCGGCGCUACUCUGACAGCAAGUAUCCACGAUCUCGCCCAAGACCUGGUCGAGUCCCAGGACAACGUGGAACAAUUCCAGGAGACCUCUUUGCUCGGUCACCUGGGACGUGCCAAGUUUGUUGGCAAGCGCUCAGGCGCCCGAAGAGGCUUCCUCGAGCGCACCCAAAAGAUACUGAGUUCCACCGUUCACGGACUUCGGCUGUGCAUCAAGUUUGUCGUCAUGUCUCUAGUUGCAGAACCCGAAUUCCAACGAGAGCUGGAGUACGUGCUGGCGAACACAAGCCCGAUUAUACGCUGGCCUGCGAGGAUCCUGCUAAAUGCCAACUGGGGCUACUGCCAUACGUUGCAGAAAAUCGUCAUUCCGUGGUUCCUGAUCUAUCACAACGACGAGUUGUCAUCCCUAUGCAGCAACAUGAAAGGUAUUAAGGUGGUCGUCCGGAACCAUCGGAUUGCGAUCGAAAGUGCCAAUGGACCAUCGACCUGCUUUGUCAAGCCUCACGUUGGUAGCAUGCAGCAACUCCGGCAGUACAAUGGUCGUCAUAAACAAGAGCCGACUACAACUAUAGACCUGGUGGCCGUCAACAUCUAUUCGGACCGCUUGGCAUUGCAGCAAAGAGCCGAAUAUGCCAAUGGAUCAUGCGUCCGCACAUACACCUACGAAUACUCCUCCGGGCAGUCCACAGCAGCGUCCAGGUUGCCCAUUUCAAGGACAUGUAUUGACGGUGACAAACAAGGUCAGCUUCUACAGUACGACCAGAGGGGAUAUGUGACAGCCGGAUCCUACAUCAAGGAUGGCAAUCUUGUCCGCUUCAAGUUCUGGUAUCGCAAGGACGCGAGAUUCGAUGAUGAGCUACUUCGUGCCGAGUUUGCCCUCGAUCAUAUCAGAAUGAGGGUAUCAUGGUGCGUACCGCCGCCAAAACACGCUGACCAACCUGAUAAAUGGCUUCCAUAUACCAAGGUAACGGAAGCCACGUUCGCGGAGGACUCCAAGGUGUAUCGCUGCGUCUGGGAUUACGACCAUAGAUCCCAUCCCGUCAUCAAGACCACUUUGAACGGAAAGCACACUGCGACACCAGCUAUGGUCGCUUUUGACUGGUUCAAGAUCCUCCAGAAACCUACAGAUUGCAGCUUCCUUUCCAACAACCCGCUUUUGUCGAUCAAGUCCACAAACCCAAACUUCCUCUCACGCUUGCUUCGAACCAAUGUUCAGUGGUAUCCGGUAUCUACCACGCUCGCUCGGACACACCUGUGGAAGACAUGGAAGGGCGGUAAAAACUUUGAUGCCGUGACUACACGGUGGCUGGAUGAGAGAGCGCUUCGUGCGGAUCGAGUCCUCAAACCAUACUGGAGACGCCGUGACUUGGGUCGCUUAGAGGCCGCAAAGACUUACUUGAACACAUACGCAGACGCCAUCAUGGCGACUACCGACGUCGAUCCAGACGUCAGCUCAUGGUGCUCGACGCUGACGUUUAAGUAUAGCGACUUGGCAAGUUUUGGCCAGGGUGGUGAUACGAGGAUCAACACACGGAGUCAGUCAACCCAGCUGAGUGACAGUCAAGAUACACUGCACGUGCUUGCUAUGGACACUGGGACAUGGCCCAUCGAGGGCGGUGGUGUCUCUGCCUGCCGUCGUGACAUGGUCAACGAUCUUACGACCAUUCGCUGGCACGUCCUCGCUGAGUCGGCGAACGACUUCAGCGUUCCGAAGUUUCAGAUCGAGAAGAACGUCCAGUCUCUGACUUUGUUACCUCUCUGGGGCCUCGACUUUCUUACCCCUACCCACGGGGUCUUCCAGGACUCCCUAGAUUCUGCAAUACAGCAGAGACUAUACAGCACGACGGACGCUGACAUUAGGGAGAACUUCUUCCCGAUCUUAACGAGUCUGGUCAAAUGCUCACGGGCGGUCAACUUCACUCGCGAGCACAUAGACGAGUCUACUGCCGCCCUAGUCGCCCUGAAUGCCUACUUCGAAGUCUCGCGACAUUGGAGUGAGGUCUGGACAAGCAAACUGGUCAAACAGAAAUGGCGCGAACUCUGGCUCAACGACGAUGUGGAAAAUGCCAUUCCAAUAUCUCAAUGGCUGGACGCUGAACAUCCGACGCUGCUACACAUGGAUAACGCCCUCGACAUGUGGCAUCGAUACCUCUUCAUCUUCUCCCUGCCAGUCCCAGCCAAGAUCCCAGACAUCUUUCAAGCCUCCCACCAUUUUGCUGGCGCCUCAUACGGUAUCCUCUGCAAGGUCUUACGCAACUGCAGCUUCCAUGUCUGGGAUCACUGCAUUAGUUGGAGGGAAGUGACUGUCUUCCUCUCAUCGGCUAUGUCCUUCGACUCUCCUUUUGUCUGCACGGCGCUGAUGAGUCUCUCUCGGAUGACAUCGGUCCUCAUCCUGCACCACGCGGAUGUGGUCUUGCCUUGUGCAGACUUCUUCAACCCUGGCUGGGAGGUCGAACAUGGAACGCAGGAGGGAACGCUCCAGCACCGCAACUCUUUCAAGAGAAAAAUCGACCCGGUAGUGAAUGGCAUUUGCAAUCCUGAAAGCUUCAAGCCAACGAAGGAAGUCAAAACGAAGAAGCCCACUGUGGUUAUGUUAUCGCACGUCCGCUUUGUAAAGGAUAUCAAGAACGCCAUCCUCGCUGCCGAUCUGAUAGUCAACGAGUGGGGCUUCAAAGACUAUCAGCUCGAUAUCUACGGUGAUAUGGAGAAGGCGCCAGCGUACUCGGUAGAGUGUAAGGAGAUCCUUGCAUCCAAGGGUCUUCGCGACCAUGUGGCGCUCAAAGGACUUGGAAAGCCAUCAGCUGUGCUGGAAACGGCGUGGCUCUUUUUGAACUCAUCCAUCUCCGAGGGUUUGCCUUUGGCUAUGGGUGAAGCGGCACUUACCGGCGUACCUGUCGUGUGUACCGAUGUUGGCGCAUCAUUUCGUGUCGUUACGGAUUCCCGGACUUGGAAAAAGCUGAGCGCCUGCGUCGCACCUAACGACUCGUACUCCCUCGCCAAAGCCCAGAUCGACGUGCUUGCUAUGAUCGACGAGUGGGCCGAGUACACGGGCGAGACAGAGGAUGAGCGGAAGAAUCUCCCAAAGAUCUCACUCCAUCCGACCAAAGACGAAGUUACUCGGAUCACGGAAAGAAUGUACUCGAAAUCCGAUCAACGGCGCAAGCUAGGUCUGUUAGGCCGGGAGAAUUGCCUCAACAGCUUCUCAAGCGACCGCUACCUGCGGGAACACGAACAGCUGUUAUGGGUUGGGAAGCUACUGGCUCCGAGCUUCCGGUCUAGGAGUCUGGCAGCGAACCCAUACGUUCUCACGCUCGAAUCGAAGGACGAGAGUACUGCCUAUACGGUUCAGGAUGAAGACAUCUGGUCGGCGACAGACGCACCAGCGGACAAGACGAAAUCCCAAAGAUGGAGCUCCCGAGCUGCAUCGCCUUGGUCAAGAGCAGAAUCUCCAUGGAUGUUCCAGAGGGCGACAUCCGCCCGAUCUUUUGUCAGAGCGCCAUCGCCUUGGGCUCGUCAAUUGGAGUCCGUUCCUGGGUACAACAUAUCACGAGGGCCAUCCCGUAUGGAUGAUGAUUUAGAGGCGGUAUGGGAGACGGACUCGAGGCCGGAGUCGAUUCGUGGAUUGACCUCACGACUUGAUGUAUAA